AUGGAUCUCGCCUCGGGCCAUCGCGAUCUGCGGCGCUUUCGCCCAGGAGACUCAUGUGACGAGUGCAAUGCGCGCCGCUGGUACAGCGACAGCGGCUUCCGCUACUGUGAGAACGGUCAUCUGAUUGAAUCUUAUGUUCCCACUGAGCAUGAAGAAGAAGGAAACUACGGUAACCGUGGACAUACCGCCCGCAGACAAAAGGAGGUCCGCGAGCGUGAGGCCCGCCAUUUAUCCGGCAUCGAAGCACGCGAGCUGUUUCUUGAGUGCCUGCAACUCCUGUUGCGCAAGCAAGUGGUUUGGCUACAACAGCACGAGCGGCAGCUCCAAGGUGAAGGCGAAGCGUCCACACCUGCGCAGUCUCCCAUGGCAGGCCUGGAGUCGGCUGUGCGUGAUCUCUGGGACCUGCGCAUCCGCUAUUUUCACGGCCUUACCGUGACGGCACUGGCAGAUGAUGACCUGCGGAAUCGUGGAAGCCGCAGCUUGAGUCGCAGCCGUAGCCGGAGCCGGAGCCGGGCCACAAACGGAACACAGUCUGGGUCCGAGUCAGACGGCCGGACAGCCUACAGCUCGCAGCUAGCAAGCGACACGGAAGGCGGCUAUACCAGCGGCGGCAGCCGCCUAUCACAACGGCGGGCACGAUCGAGAUCUGCACGCAAAUGGCAAUCUGGUCCGGAUGAACGAUGGAAUGUGCCUGGCGUCAUCGAAACGCUGGCGAUCUGCUAUCUUGGCGGUGUAUUAUUGCAACUUCCGUUCCGCAUCGGCGAUUUUUACCGGUGGGCAAGAAACGACAAGAUACCGUUCCUAGAUGCAACCAAGCACAUUCCCAAGAUCAUGCGUGAUCGACUCCCUCCGAGCUACCUAAGUGCCCUGACCACAAAGCUGCCGUCUCUUGUCCGCGGCGAGCUGCACGAGGCAGUGGUGAAUCUUGUGAGGGGAUUUAGGCUCAACAAUGAGUUGCACUUCCCAGGACUAAACGCGCCACCCAUUCUGUGGAAGUGGACAAGAGACCUCGGUCUUCCAAGUAAGCUUGCGUCUCGAUUGAAUCUGAUGGGUGAAGAAAUGCUAACAGAGGCAGUCGAUGUAUACACGGGGGUCCUGGAGGUGUCUCGCUUGUCUAGGACAGACUUUUGUUACCCACUAGAGCGACCCAGGCUCUAUUUGGUCGACCACCCAGACGUCUUCCUACUAUCAACAAUGAUCCUGGUCACGAAGCUUUUGUACCCAUUUACCAAUGUGGAUGAUGCGCACGUUAGUGGCAACCGACAACCCCAUAGCAAUGAAGAAGAUUCCACCAAAAGUGAAGCCUAUGCCGACGACGACCAUACCAGACCCCAGCAUAUCUUGAUGGACUGGAGGAAAUGGCAGGCCGUCUUCAACGCGUCGCCAAAGCGGCUGCCAGCAGCACGACGACUAGAACGCCACGGUAUUUCCAAGUUGCGAGCCAGAGAUGCGUGGAGCUUGACAGAGGACCAGAUUGACGACUACCUGGACUGGCACCAGCAGUAUCGAUUAACCGAGAAAGAUGCUCACGCAUUUUAUAGCAGAGCAGCCAACCUGGCUGGAAUCACUGUACAAGCACUCGUCCGCGAAGUGAGUCGACUAGAGAGACGCUGGAUGACGUGGGAUGCGAGCAAAGCCAAGAGAUCGUCGGACCAGUUGCAUGGGGAUGGGACAGACGACAGCGCGGAGGAAGAUGUCACAAUGGUCGUUGACGACGACGAAGGCGACGGAGAUGUAAAACCGCCAACGUUGCGCCCGGAAGUUUCGACAUUCGAAAGAGGAGCAAACCAACGAUUGGCAAAGGACGUACGGCCGCCGCAACGCAUCGACGACAUCGACGACAAGGAGGAGGACAUCUCGACGUUUUUAAUUGCAGAAGCGCCACUGUGCAGCACAGUUACUAACGUCAACCCGCAAUACAGCUUCGUGAAGACCCUUACCGGCAAGACCAUCACCUUGGAGGUCGAGUCUUCGGACACGAUCGACAAUGUUAAGUCCAAGAUCCAGGACAAGGAGGGCAUUCCCCCAGACCAGCAGCGCCUGAUUUUCGCGGGCAAGCAGUUGGAGGACGGCCGCACUCUGUCGGACUACAACAUCCAAAAGGAGUCCACUCUGCACCUGGUUCUCCGCCUGCGCGGUGGUAUCAUCGAGCCCUCGCUGAAGGCCCUGGCCAGCAAGUUCAACUGCGACAAGAUGAUCUGCCGCAAGUGCUACGCCCGCCUGCCCCCCCGUGCUACCAACUGCCGUAAGCGCAAGUGCGGUCACACGAACCAGCUCCGCCCCAAGAAGAAGCUCAAAUAG